AUGAAGGGCGAGGAGGGCGCGGGGAGCCUCGAUGACACGGGCGCGGCUGAGGCGCGGAACGACGAGCGGGGAGCUCCCGCGCGGCGCAGAAGCGAGCACGGCACCAGCGGGCGGCGCACAGGCGGGCGAGACGCGGGCGGGCGAGGAGGGGGCGAGAAUGCGGCGGGCGAGGGGGUGAAGGCGAGGGGCGAGGGGCGGCGCAGGAGCGAGGGAACUGCGGAUUCAAACGGAGAGCCAGCGCAGGGCGCCAAGGGGAGGGGCGCGAGGCCGCGCAAAGGCGAGCGCGCGGUGAGGGGGAGUGCAGGGCAUGCCAUGUCGUCGCCCCGCUCGAAUGGCAGCAGCGGGGCGGCGAGGGCAAGUGCGCGGACCCCUGGCAGCAGCAUGGCGUCUCCGCGCAACGCUGCCUCUUCCGCCACUGCUGCCGCGCGGGCAGACGGCGCAGGGGCGGCAACAGAGAGCGCAGGGGCGGCAGCAGAGAGCGCAGGGGCGGCAGCAGAGAGCGCAGGGGCGGCAGCAGAGAGCGCAGGGGCGGCAGCAGAGGCGGCAGCAGGGAGUGUAGCGCCAGGAGCAGUGGAGGAGAGCCGCGUGAACGGGGGAGACACGGAGGGUGGGGCGGAAGGUGAAGACGCUGGUGAGGGGGAGAGUGUGACAGAGGGAGGAGGAGGGCCGGCGCAGGCGACGGAGGGUGCGGGCGGAAGCGAGCAGACAAUGGAAGGGGAGGUGGCGGAGGAGGCUGUGCGGAUCAGCGAUGGGGGCAGCAACGACGGGGGACGCAAGGAUGAGGGGGAAAAAGGUGCGAGUGAGGGGGGAGAGGGAAUGCAGGGAGGGGAGAGUGCAGCGGAGCCAGGCGUAGGUAAAGAGGAGGGGGGCAAAGAGGCGGAAGGGGGCAAGGCGGAGGAGGGCAAGGAGGGGGAGGCGGGUGGAGGCAAGGGGGCCGGAGGGGUGGACGGGCAAGAUGGGGGGGUGGGUGGUGUUGAGGGCGAGGUGGCACGGCAGGCAGUGAGGGGGCGCUUAGAGUCCCGCGUGGGUGCCGCGGGCGACAUUGCCUCGCCCCGACUGCUCGCGCCUCCCCUGCCCGCUGCUGCUUCUGCACCAGCCGCCCCCACAGCAGAGGGGGCUGCGCCCGCUGCUGCAGCGCCAGGCGCAGCAGCCGCGGUGGACGGGGCAGAGCAAGCCGCCUGGGGGGCUCAGGGGGAAGAACAAAUGGCGGAGCAGCAUGAGAGGGGGGAGGGCGCGGAGGGGGAGGCGGAGGGCGCGGGGGGGGAGGGGCGGGGGAGGCGGGUGCGGCGGGUGCGGUCGCUGGACGCGGCCUUCUCCCCCCUGCUGGCUGCUGAUGCCUCCGCCUGGCAGGCGGGUGGCCGCCCCGCAUGGCACGGCGUCAUGGGGUGGGGCGCACGUGUCGUGCGCAGCCUUGCCAAGGGCGGACUGGGGGGGAAGCGCGCGGGCAGGGGCGGCGGGGGGAAGGGCAAGGGCGGGGCGGAGACAGAGGGGGAGGAGGAGGCGCGGGCGGAGGAGGAGGCGGCGUGGGACGCGUAUGUGCUGGCGGGGGACGCGAGUGCGGGGGGCGAUGGCGUGGUGGUGCUGCCCCUGGGCCCGGCGGGGGUGCCCCGCACGCACACCGCCGGGGAGGUGUGGGCAGCGCCGCCUGCUCUGGGCGCUGCUGUGGCGGGGCUGGGCGGGGUGCAGCGCGGCGGGACGGGCGUGGGGUGGGCGCGAGCGGCGUUCCCCCGCAGCCACUCGGACAGCGUUAGGGAGAGCCGUGCCGGGCGCCGUGCUGCCUCCCUGCUCGCCCCUGCUGGCGCUGGCGGUGACGUGUGGGCCGGCGCAGCAGCGGCGGAGAGGGUGGUGGUGCUGCGGACCAGAGGGGAGGAGGGGGUGGAUCGAGAAGCGCAGCAGAGUGGUGUGGGUAGGGCAGAGCAGAAAAGUGCAGAUGCGGUGGGGGAGCAAAAAGGGGGGCGCACGGACGGGGAGGCAGGGAAUGGGGCGGGAGCAGAGGAGGGCAGGGAGGAGGCGGGUAGCAGGGGGGGGGCGAGUGGCGUGGCGGAGCAGAGUGCAGCAGAGGCGAGCAAGGCGCGUGCAGAUGCAGCCCUGGCAGCAGCGGUGAUGGCGGCGAAUGCAAGCACCAAGCCGCAGUGGGCCUCGCAGCACCACUGGCAUGCGCAGCCGCAUGACCCGCAGCAGGGGCAGGGGACAGCGGGGGGGACAGAGGCAGAGGCUAUGGAGGAGGAGAGGAGGCGGGCGGAAGAGGCGGAGAAGAAGCGAGCGUGGGACGAGGCGGUGAGGGCGGUGCGGCUGCGGGAGCAGCAGCGGCGCCAGCAGGCUGCUGCCGCCCUCGCUGCUGAGAACGCGGCACGGGGCGGCAGAGCAGGCGGCAAGGGAGGGCCGGCGGCGGACAGGGCGGCAGCACGGCGCCUGGCGAGGCGGCGACGCCGCGUGCUGGCUCGGCUGGUGGCGGAGGUGAGCUUGGUGGGGGGUCAGGAGGGAUGUCUUGGGGGGAAGGGAUGCUUGAGUCGGGCUGUGUGA